GACUGGCGGAGCGCUUCCUUUCUGAGUGCUUCCGGUCCCGCAAUGCCUUUCAGAUUGCUCUCGUCGACCCGGUCGACGGGCGCUCCCUUGAUGUUGAGGAAUCGCUCGCGCUCUUGCAGUCUGACUUGACAGGCCGAGUGCAGAACGACUUCGAAUUCGAUGCGGCGGCGCAGCAAGCCCAGGCCCGCGCGGUCUCGGCCAUAAGGUCGAUGGGCGGGGGGCCGGUGCACGCGCACAUUGGUCCGUACUCUGUCGAAGAGGUGGACGCGGUGUUAGACAGUCUAAAAACGACAUCUGCCGCGGUCCGCGGCUGCUUCGCAGCUGUCCGUUCACCGGUCCCUGAGGGCCGCCGGGUCACGCGUGCCCUCGCAAAUCUUUCCAGGCACUGCGCGCUCACGAGCGCCCUGUGGUCGAUUCGCCAGUGGGCUUUUGAUGUGGCGUCUCAUCUCGCCAUGCUGUUCAAUGCCUACGAGGCGGGGGUGCGUGGUGACGACUGGCUCCUGCUUGAUGACUUCAUGUCGUCUGACGCGCAAUACAUCGCGCUCCGUGGCCAUGCGUCGUCCAUAUUUUCCCUCGGUGGUGGAACAGCCCAGGGGCGUAGAUUCAGUGUUGGCGUUUUCAACGCGCAGCUCAAGUGGCUGGCUGAAGAAGUACAUCGUGUACUACCAGGAAGCUGUGCUGCUUGGGUGGAACCCCACCUCCGUCACCAUUGUUUGGGCAUCAGUGUCUCCGAGCCCUCCUGCGAUGGCGCGCCCGCCCCGCCGGCUGUUGGGGGCGACCUCGAAGCUCUCGCUGUUGAGGUGGCGUCCGCGGCCGCCGCGGAGCAGGCGCCCUACCCGAGGGCUAAGCGUGCGCUUCGUUGCGGGGCCACGCGUGUUGCCACAGAGGCCGACAUGGCCUACCUGCUUGACCGGCUGGGCUCGGGCCCCCUCCCCCCGCUGCAGUUUGUGGAUGACUUGACGCUUGACCAGCUUGCGUUCCAGCAGGCAGCAGCUGCAUCACUGCUAGUGUUCCGCCUGCCGUUCUCGGCGUGGCUGUCUGGGCCGCCUGGCCUCCAGUGGAAUUUGUUGGACUUGGAGCUUGGCCCAGGCUCUUGGCUUCAAUUUCGCUUGUGGGCAGUCGUGCGGAUGUCGGGGCGCUGGCCGCUCCAGUUCCUUUUUCACCAAUCCCGGCCACCGGCGGAACGCCGGGAGCACGUGCACUUCGUCGCCGCCGCAGUGCUACUGGCCGUCACUGGCGCCAAUCACUUUAAGGCAUGGCCCUGA